UCCAACUGACAACCACUUGCAAACUAAAAUUUAGUUUCCUCCAUUGGAGUCUCGCUGAGGAAACAAACACUCUUAAAGGUCACAGACAGAUGAAAACCCUCAGCAGUCCCAGCAACUCCAGCACCAUCACUGGCUUCAUCCUCUUGGGCUUUCCCUGCUCCAGGGAGGGGCAAAUCCUCCUCUUUGUGCUCUUCUUCAUUGUCUACCUCCUUACCCUCAUGGGCAACGCUUCCAUCAUCUGUGCUGUGUGCUGUGAUCAGAAACUCCACACACCCAUGUACCUCCUGCUGGCCAACUUCUCUUUCCUGGAGAUCUGGUAUGUCACUUCCACAGUCCCCAACAUGUUGGCCAACUUCCUCUCUGACACCAAGGUCAUCUCCUUCUCUGGGUGCUUCCUGCAGUUUUAUUUCUUCUUCUCCUUGGGUUCUACAGAAUGCUUUUUCCUGGCAGUCAUGGCCUUUGACCGCUACCUUGCCAUCUGCAGGCCUCUACAUUACCCUGCUCUCAUGACUGGGCGCCUCUGCAACAUCCUUGUGAUCAUUUGCUGGGUGCUUGGCUUCCUCUGGUUCCCUGUUCCCAUCAUCAUCAUCUCCCAGAUGUCCUUCUGUGGGUCCAGAGUUAUAGACCACUUCCUGUGUGACCCAGGCCCUCUGUUGGCCCUCACCUGUGUGAGAGAUCCUUUAAUUGAACUGACUAGCUCUACUUUAAGUUCCCUGCUUCUCUUUGUUCCAUUUUUCUUUAUCAUGGGGUCUUAUGCUCUAGUAAUGAGGGCUGUGCUGAGGGUCCCUUCAGCAGCUGGACGAAGAAAGGCCUUCUCUACUUGUGGGUCACAUUUGACUGUGGUUUCUCUUUUCUAUGGCUCAGUGAUGGUCAUGUAUGUGAGCCCAACAUCUGAACACGCAGCUGGAGUGCAGAAGCUUGUGACUCUGUUUUAUUCCGUGGUUACUCCACUCCUUAAUCCUGUGAUAUACAGUCUGAGGAACAGAGAUAUGAAACAUGCAAUGAAGAAAUUACUGAAAAUAUAAAACUUGCACUCUUGUUUUAAAAGAGAAUCUCAUUAUUUUGCCUUAUUUAUUAAAGGAAAAGUAGCCAGUCUUGAUGGUUUGGAUCUGUAAUUGCAGAACUCAAGAUGCUAACACAGGAAGAUUGUCAGUUUAAGGCCAGUCUAAGGUCUGAAACAUGAGCUUGUCUCAAAACUACAACAAACAGGAAGAAAAGUGAAUAGAAACUAACUGGUUCCACUUGGGACUAUGUUUUUUUUUCAUUUCCUAGAGUAUGUAGGAGUAUAAAGGACCACUAGAUGUUAAUGACAAAACUGUCAA